GCCACUGGUUUUUUCUAAAUUUCAAGGAUGCAUCCCAAUAUAUGAUGGUUCCAGUGGUAUUUUUGUAAUUUUCUAGUGACAGUUCUACAAUAACAUUUAAACCAAUGGCAAAUUUACGAUUGUCACUUCUUUUAAGAUGCCAAGAAAUGACCCUAAUAUGUCUAGAUGUACAUGUGUUCCGGGAUCAAUUGAAUCAUUGUGUUGAGUUUAUCUAUGUUUCUUCAUCUCACAAGUCAUCUCACAGGUCACAACUAGAUACUCUCUACAUGGCAAUCACAAUUGGAAUAAUCACUGAUAAAUAAUCUAGAAAUACAUAUAUAUUUUAAAACGAGUUACCAGUGGCAGUUUGCACGAGUACACAAUUGGAAUAGCACGGAAAAGAAGAAUAAAAAACCAUGCAUGACUGGUGGGGUGCAGGCCGUUGGAUCGAACGAUCCAACGGUGUUGGCGCUCCCACGCACUUGGACUUGGCCGCUGCCCCCUCUUCCCCUCCUCUCCUCUCCUCGCCCGCCGCCGCAAAAGCAAAAAAACCCACGGCGACGCGCGGGCUCUCCUGCUCGGCGGCGAAGGGAGAUCCGCGGGGCCCAAAUGGCGGAGGAAUCUGCAUCCGUGGACGCGCCUCCCCGUGACAGGUCCCCGCGACGGGAGUCUUCCGUCGACAAGGAGACCCGCGCCCUCAUCGUCCCCGACGCCGGCGAUCUUCCGCCGUUCCCGCCCUCUGCCGUGGAGGCCAACUUCGCGCGCUACUUCGUCGCUGACUUUCUCAAUCCAGGACAUGAUCAGUAUGUGUACCGCCAUCCAAACGGGUUGUGUGUGGUUGGUUUAGCUCCUUCCCAUGUUGCAUUUAAAGAGGAAGGGGGGAUAACUAGUGUUGAUUUCAAUGUUGGGAAGUCAGAUCGCAGUGAGAUGAAAGUCACAGGGAAACGCAAAAGGAAUGCACAACAUUUGCAAGAAAAUUCUGCAUUGUGUAAGGUCUGCACACAUGGUAAUUCUUUUGUAGUGAGGUGUUGUGUGAAAGGAUCACUUUUGGAGAUUAAUGAUAGAUUGAUUAAGCAACCAGACCUACUUAACACCUCUGCUGACAGAGAAGGAUAUAUAGCAAUUUUUAUGCCAAAACCAGCUGAUUGGCUAAAAAUCAAGGAUAAAUUUCUGAGUUACGAUGAGUACAAGAACUUGAGAGGAACAUGCUGACAUUCAAAAGAAUUCGAAAGUUAACUCCAGAUUUAUACUUACUGGUGCUGAUACCUGAGGUGCCAAGGAAGUCUCCGUAUUGUCUGCUUUGCAGAAGUUUC